UUGAUUGUCGCGUCGCUGCGUGGAGGAAAUGUAGAGGCUUGUCACGAGUGGAGAAGGAUGUGGGGAUGAGGAUGAGGAUGGAUGCGUAAGAGGACGGAGCCAGCUGUGGCCUGCUGCUCCUCGAUCACAGCAACAUCUGGCCGUCUUUCUGCAGGGUCAGAGAGGGCGCCUCAGCAGCCGGUCAGCUCUGGUCUGUAGUGUCGAGGUGGAGGCGAUGGAGGAGGGGGAUGCAGAAGGGGAGGGGCCCAUGGCGGUCAGUGCCGGGCCAGGUGGUCACAGCCUCCCACCUGAUGCAGGCAACAGCAGCAGCACCAACACCACCACCAACCUGCUGGCAUCUGUCAAAGAGCAAGAGCUCCAGUUUGAGCGGCUGACUCGGGAGCUGGAGGAGGAGCGGCAGAUCGUCGCGAGCCAGCUCGAGCGGUGCAUGCUGGGAGCGGAGUCACCUGGAGGAGACAGUAGCAGCUCAUCUGAGAAAUCGUAUGCAUGGAGAUCCGCAGGUGGAGAGUCGCAGGGCGGAGCCAUGGAGGCGCCCGGUCGCCACCUGGAGGUGGAGGAAGGACUCUUUCUACCUGAACCGGACCGGGCCUCCCUGCAUGACAGUGAGGGUCUGUUAAAUGUACACAACAUGAGUAAAUACUCGGGAGGUCACUCGGCCCAGAUGACCUCAUAUUCAGACAGCGGCUACCAGGACAGCAGUGUUAGUUACUAUAGCAACCAGAACGUGGUGCGUUCCGAGCCCCGGGCGUCAUUAUCGCGGAGCCCGAGAGCUGAGGGUCAAGCCUCAGUGCAGGCGUCGAGUCGUGUCUUGCGGCGGAUGGCGUCUCUCCCGUCCAGGAGCCAGUCUCCUGGGUGUGGCACUGCCGGCACCGUCUCGCCCUCCCGCAUCUCCCUGCGGACAUCCCAAGGCAGCACCUAUGACUCCCCCAUCCUGUCUGAACCCAAACCACUGGCUGCAGUGUUUCCCGGCACCAGCAUGCCUCCCUGCUGCCCAUCACCCACCUCCCCAACGAGCGGCACUCAGGCUCUGGCUGGUGGAGGAGGAGGAGGAGCUUUAGGGGGAGGUGGUGUUGGACGCUUGGGAUCCACCCUCUCUCUCAUAGAGGGGAGAGGUUUGACGGGGUCACCGCUGCGGUCAGGGAUGACGGCGGUGCCGCAACACUAUGGCUCCACACUGCCUAGACAGAGCCAGCCACUGGCUUAUGGAGCUGAUCCUUACGGCCUGUACCAGAGGAGCGCACUGCCCAGACCUGACAGCCUCAUAGGCCUCCACAGCUCAUAUGCCGGUCAUGCGGCGCAGAUCGAUCCAGAGUUGAGGUCAGCGUUGUCUCCAGACUGCCACAUGACGCCUGUUUUUGAUGAGCGCUCCUUCCACAGCCCGCUCUAUCACAGCCCCACCCACGACCCCCAGGGCUCUCUCUACAGAACGAGCACAGGCAUGGGGACGCUCCCUCGAGCUACAAGCCAUUGUGACACGCUGCCAUACCAAAGAAGCAGCUACGGGCUGAGCUCUGCAGCUCUCUACGUCGACUCGUAUAGAGUCUCCGGGGAACCCGUCUUCUCCCACCGACACUCGGGGCUGGUGGACCGAGUUGGUACACGCACCCCGUCCAUCGAGAGCAUACACAAGGACCCAAGGGAGUUUGCAUGGCGUGACCCCGAGCUGCCGGAGGUCAUCCACAUGUUGCAGCAUCACUUCCCCUCCGUGCAGGCCAACGCCGCCGCCUACCUACAGCAUCUGUGCUACGGAGACAACGGGGUGAAGGUGGAGGUGUGUCACCUUGGAGGCAUCCAGCACCUCGUAGACCUGCUCGAUCACAAGGUGGCAGAAGUUCAGAAAAGCGCCUGCGGGGCCCUGAGGAACCUGGUGUACGGCAAAGCCACCGACAACAACAAGGUGGCGCUGAGGAACUGUGGCGGCGUCCCUGCCCUGCUGCGACUCCUCAGGAAAACCACUGACAAUGAAGUCCGUGAGCUGGUCACUGGUGUCCUGUGGAACCUCUCCUCGUGCGACGCAGUGAAAAUGACCAUCAUCCGCGACGCUCUGUCCACGCUGACCAACACAGUCAUCAUCCCCCACUCGGGCUGGAGCAGCGUCUCGCACCGCGAGGAACACAAAGUCAAGUUCCAGUCGUCGCUGCUGCUGCGAAACACCACCGGCUGUCUGAGGAACCUGAGCUCAGCGGGGGAGGAGGCGAGGAGUCAGCUGCGUUGCUGUGAAGGUCUGGUCGACUCCCUGCUCCACGUCCUCAAAGCUUGCAACAACACCUCCGACUAUGACAGCAAGAUUGUGGAGAACAGCAUAUGCACCCUGAGGAACCUCUCGUACCGGCUGGAGGUGGAGAUGCCCUCCUCUCGCCUCCUCGGCAACCAGGAGCUGGACACGCUCCUGGGCUUCACCUUUCCAGCCAAGGAGCUGGACUACCUCUGCUGGGGCAAGAGGAGGCGUGGCAGGAAGCGGGGCGGCUGGCCUGAUGACAAGUGGGACGACGGGGGUUCCAUCCCAGGUUUCUCUCAACCUCUGAGGGGAGCGGAGCUGCUGUGGCACCCGAUGGUGGUGAAGCCGUACCUCAACCUGCUUGCUGAAAGCUCCAACCCCGCCACGCUGGAGGGCGCUGCUGGGUCAUUGCAAAACCUCUCGGCUGGAAACUGGAAGUUCUCAGCCUACAUUCGAGCGGCAGUACGUAAGGAGAAAGGUCUGCCCAUCCUGGUGGAGCUGCUGAGGAUGGACAACGACCGGGUCGUCUGCUCCGUGGCCACAGCUCUCCGCAACAUGGCGCUGGACAGCCGCAACAAGGAGCUGAUAGGAAAGUACGCCAUGCGCGAUCUGGUCAACCGGCUGCCCGGUGGCAGUCCGUCAGUGCUGUCGGACGACACGGUGGCGUCGGUGUGCUGCACGCUGCACGAGGUCACCAGCCGCAACAUGGAGAACGCCAAAGCUUUAGCCGACAGCGGAGGCAUCGAGAAGCUGGUGGACAUCAGCAAAGGACGAGGGAAAGGGUAUUCAAUGAAGGUUGUGAAGGCUGCAGCUCAGGUGCUGAACACACUGUGGCAGUACAGAGAGCUGAGGAGCCUCUACAAACAGGAUGGAUGGAACUACACCCACUUCGUCACGCCCGUCUCCACGCUGGAACGAGAUCGCUACCGUUCACAGCCAACGCUGCCCACCAGCCCCCUGCAGAUGUCGCCCGUCAUUCAAACCGGUGGAAGUGCGACAUCUUCACCAGCGAUGCUCGGCAUCAGAGGACACAAUUCCAACUAUCAGAGGGCGCAGUCAUCUAUGCAACUGGACACGUAUUAUGGAGACAACAGUUUACACAAACAGCAGUACACAGGGUCUGAGAAGAAAACCCCGUAUUUCAUUGGGACAUAUUCUUCUCAGUCAGGAGAGGAUUUGAGAAGAUCCCAGCACCCAGAGCCAUUCUACGACGAGCCAGACAGGAAGAACUACAAUAGCUUCAGAAUGUACCUGUCGUCCCCACAAGGCUACGGAGAGGAGCAAUACGAGGACGAAGCCGUCCACCUCACCCCGUCCUCCCCCGACGGCUACGCCAGCCAGUCCCUGCGAUUCAAAGCCAACACCAACUACGUGGACUUCUACUCCACCACACGGAGGCCUUCAAACAAAGGGAACAAGUUCACCGGCUCCCCCGACUCCUGGGUGUAGAUAUAAACCUGCAUAAUGUCCAGCUUGUCUGUUUCUCGGCCAUCUCUUUCUGUGGGUGUUUGUGUGUGUGUGUGUGUGUCACAUGGGUGCGGGCUGUGUGGCUGCGUGAAAGGAAAGGUGGAGGGUGCAUGUGAAUCAGUGUUGGAACUGUACCCAACGACAAGAUCUCCGUUUGCUAUGCACAGCUUUUGACUGACUGAAGUCGGAACGUGUGUAAGAAUGCAGGUAAACGUGAACCAGGCAUUUAUUUAUUCUCUCAAAGUCUCAAAUUUGAAUUAUAAAGAAUAUUUGAUAUUUAAACUUAAAUGAAAUUGUAGAAUAUUUAGUCAAGACUUGAAUGCACACCUCCCACUUUUAAUUCUUUAUAAGCAGCCAGUCUCUCAUAGCUUUAUCUAUAUUUUUCUGAAAUUAUUUGACACAUUCAGACAAAAACCUGACUAUAUUGAGAUUUAAAUUGUUGUCCAUGGGUUUGAGUGAUACACAUCUUCACUCGUGUGACUCCAACAGGUGCCAGCGUGGGAAUCCUUACCAUGAGUGGAGAGGUGAGAAUUUAACAAGAUCAUGAAACAUGUUUAUAUUGUGAAAAUAAGCAACCAUAAAAAGUAAAAACUCCAGGACAUAUUAUUCUUAACAACUUCCAAUGUUACCUGCAUUAUUGUGCACAUGGAUUUGGCAGCUUUCCUGUUCUGUGAAUGGACAGCAGAGAGAAAGGCAUAGUCAAAAGGUGCUUUUGGAGAAAAAAAAACUGCCCUAACAAUGUUUUGUCAACUGAUUUCACUUCUCUCUGCAGUGAAAAUGUGCAGUGUGGUGGCUUUAGAACAUAAAUAUUGUCCGCCAGCAUCACGGUGAGUGCCAGAGGAAAAAAAAAAAGGAACCUAUUGAAGCCGAGUGUCCUUGGUCAAAUAAUAUUUAGGCGCGAGUAAACAAAAACUGUAAAUGUACUUUUAAAUAUUAUUUGAUCAACGUUUGGAGAUAAGGUAAGCACCCUCGGGAACCCUUAAAGACUCAGAGAACCAGGGUUACGUCUGUAACCGUUUGCUCUUGUGUAAUGUUGGCCAAAAGUGCAGUAUAUCAUAAAGUAUGUGAAAUAUGUGAACAAAAAACAAAAACAUGUGAAAACCUACUUGUACAGAUACAAUGGUUUAACUGUCCUGUUACAUUGUUGUAGUCAAUAUGUAGAACUUUAUAUGUGCUCGUGUGGAGGAGAUUUUUCUAUUAUUUAUCGAUUACUUUUUAUUAAUUUACUUGUGAUCUGACCAAAAUACCCUCAUCUGUCUGUUCUGUCCAAAACUGAUGAUGAUAAUGUGCAAUGUUAAACAGGGAAAUAUAUGUAUAGGGAUUAAAAAUGAUAUCAUGACAACA